AUGCCUCCGAAACGGACGUCGAAGGUCACUGCUGAUGUCACGCUCCCGGACGACCUCCUAACGGAUCCGAUCACCACGCCGGCUCCUGUUGUGGAUGGGGCUGAGAAGCAAGGCUCAAACGAUGCGGUUACUGUUAAUGGAGUCACGGACAAUGCUGCGCAGUCCGUCAAGGAAUCGGCUACUACUGCUGCUGGCGUCGCUGGUGGUUUUGGACUAUCAGUGGAAGAGAAGUUUCAAGACAACCAGGCUCCUCAUGCUGUGCUUGACGAGUUCCUGGAGGAUGAUGAGGAUGAAGAGCUGGAGAUCGACAUUGCCAAGGAAGAUGCUUUUCGUCUUCGUUAUACAGCAAUCUUACUCAUUCCGAUGGUGCUUUCUCAGGAGAUUAAGGCCAUUAUUGCUGCAGUGCGUCUUCUGAUGACCAAGGUCUGGAGCUCUUCUCUAACCGAGAACGCUGGGGUGACGGCUAACAUACAGGAGAUGAUACCUGGUUUCGUCGCGAAGACACGAUUCUGCCGGCUUCAAAUCUCCUUCCUUGACGAACGGGAUGCGCAUCACAUCAAGUUUCAUGUUUUUGAGUACCAGAAGGCGAAUGCUCCGGCGAUCAAGUGCAUCUGGCAGCAUACAGAGAAUGCUUCGUACCUUAAGGAGAAGGCUACUCGUCCCCUUGCUAUUGAAGUGGUGUUCCGGCGAGUGCCUACUAACAUUGUCCCAGAUGUUUUGAAGGACCUACUUGUCCGUUUCAAACUGAAGAAGCGUCAGCAGUCGGCUUUCAAGGAAGGGUUUGGUUUCCAUCGGGUGGCUCACCCACUCACCGGAGCUGACACCGAUGUUAUCAAAGGCCUGGUCGUGCAGCAUCCUGGGGAUCGUUAUCGCUGGCGCCACAUGGUCGACAGCCCGAUGGGGUCCGGAGAGAAGCUUAUGGUCCACUACCCUGCACUAAACAAGUAA